AUGUUGAAAUAUUCAAAUUAUAAAGGAUAUCCAGGUAUAUAUAAUAAUGGUGCAAUAGUAUAUGAUAUAAAUGAAUAUAUGGAAAAAUUAAUAAAAUAUAUAUUGGAGAAUAAGUUGGAAAAUUAUUUUCUAUUUCAUGAUUUGAAUGGAUUUUAUUGUUUAUCAGAUCCAUACUUUGUUACAAAAGAAUUAAUUGAGAAGAAAAUCUUAAUGAUAUAUUUUGGUAAAUUUGAAGUGGAAUUUGGACCAUUUACAAAUGGCAUAGAUCAUAUAGGAAAUUUUACAUUAUAUGAAUUAUUUGUUGAAAUCGUACCACCAAAUACUUCGAAAUGUUCUGGAGUCAAAUGUUUAAUGGAUUAUUAUCAUUUAGAUAAUGAUAUGAUUUAUUUCGUUGGUGAUGGGAACAAUGAUAUUGAAAUUAUGCAAAUGUUAAAUAAUUCAUUUGCUGUAUUAAAUGCACCAGAUCGAGUUAAACAAUUUGCUAAAUAUAUCUUACCUAAAACACAUUAUAAUAAUGCUGUACAAUUUCUUUUUAAUCUUAUAUAUCAAUAUAUACUAUAG